CCAGUAACUGGCGGACCGCGUUGUGAGCGUGACGUGUCGUGGCGUCAGUGAAAAAACUGAGCUCCAGUGUAAAGCUAUAUUAAAAACGCAUUAAUAGAAAAGUUUUAAUGUUGUGAUAUUUUAAAAGGUUAUAUUUUGUGACGACUAUCGCAUUCUAGCGUAAUAACUAAUUAAUAUUGGUCCUGCUUCAAUUACCUUAUCCGUAAAGUAGACUGACACUCGUGUUUGCGAAGUGUAAUGCGUUUGGUGUGUUAGCGCUUGUGAAGUUAUGUUUAUCAAGGCCGGGCCCUUGGCCGCUGAAGAUGAGCGCCGUGGCUCGGUUUCAAAUUGGUUUUCUUCAUUGAGACGAGGAGGUCGGCGUAAGCGCGAAGAGAAUGGUGUACCAUCAAACUAUGGGUCUUUGGGAAGACGAAAGGAUGGUACUCAGUCGCGCGGCAAAACGAGAUCUGCGUGGGAUUUAACAACAGUCACAAGAAUGCAACUCAAAGAUGAACUGGGUGAAGUGGUGGCCGAGCUGGAGGCCCUCGAUGGGCAGGAGGAGUGCAAGCAGAACAGUAAGGCCAAACAGAUGAGCAUAGGCAGAAAGAAAUUUAAUAUGGAUCCAAAGAAAGGUAUAGAGUAUUUGUACGAGAAUGGAUUGCUACAAAGGACACCAGAGGACGUGGCGCAAUUUCUACAUAAAGGCGAAGGCCUGAGUAAAACCGCAAUAGGCGAUUACCUAGGCGAGCGAUCCGAUUUCAAUGAGGCAGUGCUGAGAGCAUUCGUCGAGCUACACGACUUCACAGACUUGAUACUAGUUCAAGCGUUAAGGCAAUUCCUAUGGAGUUUUCGUCUUCCUGGCGAAGCGCAGAAGAUUGAUCGUAUGAUGGAAAGUUUUGCACAGCGGUAUUGUCAGCUGAACCCCGAUAUAUUCACGAACGCAGAUACAUGUUAUGUACUCAGCUUUGCGAUUAUUAUGUUGAAUACGUCCCUACAUAACCCGAGCGUGAAAGACAAGCCUUUGCCGGAACAAUUUGUUGCCAUGAAUCGAGGGAUCAAUAAUGGGGGUGAUUUACCUCAGGAGUUGCUCUUGUCCUUAUACGAGUCGAUAAAGACGGAGCCAUUCAAGAUUCCAGAGGACGACGGCAAUGAUCUUAUGCAUACCUUCUUCAAUCCGGACAAGGAGGGGUGGCUUUGGAAACAAGGGGGCCGGUAUAAAUCAUGGAAGAGACGAUGGUUUAUUCUAAACGACAACUGCUUAUAUUACUUCGAGUACACCACGGAUAAGGAGCCUAGAGGAAUCAUCCCAUUAGAAAAUAUAUCUGUCCGUCCAGCAAGUGAUCGUCAACGGCCGCAUUGUUUAGAGUUGUACGCGAGCGGCGGCGCGGACCUCAUUAAGGCGUGCAAGACUGAUUCAGAAGGAAAGGUCGUAGAGGGAAAACAUACAGUAUAUAGAAUGUCUGCCUCAACGGUGGAGGAAAGAGACGAAUGGAUAGAAUGUUUACGUCGUUCAAUUAGCCACAACCCAUUCUACGAUAUGUUGGCGCAGAGGAAGAAGAAAGCGCAACACAGUGUGCACUCGGCACAUUAGCAACGGAUGUGUACGUAAAGGACUCCAAAUAUCUGAUUUAUUUGUACCAAACUAGAAAUUAUCAGAGUAAUUUUGUUUAAAUGUUUUGAAUGUUAUUAUUUUAGUAAAGCGACGCGAUUUCGCUAAUAAGAGAAGUUCGAGGUUUCGUUUGAAUAUUUACUUCGGACAUACAAAAUUAGACGUUAUGUUUAGCUCAAAAUGUCACAAUUAUCUGAAACAUUAUUUUUCGUUUAAUGCGUGAUGUCUGGUAUAGAGGGCGUUAAAUUAAAUAUUGGUAUUAGACUUUGUAUGAAGUGCUUAUAGAUAGAUCGUGCCAUCCAUAAAAUUAAGUCUGAGUUUGAAAAAUCUUCUUUAUUAGGAAAUUAUUUUGUAGUACUAACAAGUAUAUAUAGCAAGAAUAAAUAGCAUAAGCUGUGUGGUGUAUACUACGUGAAUAAAUUAUCAGCCCACUGAAGUAUUUCCAGAGAGGAGCGUACCAAUUUUUAAAAGGCGGGCAACGCACUCGCGAACUCUCUGGUAUUAACACUUAAUAUCAGGUGAGGCCUUACCCUACAUUUGCGUUUUUUUAUCCCGAAAAAAAAAGUAAUUUAACGUCAUUAUGUAAAUUGAGACCUGUUUUGAAGGCUAAGAAAAACAGUAGAUAAUUGUUAUCAAGGGGUUAUAGAUGGCACUAUCUAUAGAGGCCUAAGUAUUUCGCGAGAGCGUCUGAAUAUUAUAUGUGAAUAUAGAUGUUAUUUUAUUUUUAAGCUAAUGUAGCGAUAUUCGGUGUACGAGUCAAACGUCCAAUACGGAAAUCAAUGGCGCAAUUUUGGUUAAACAAAACUGUGUCACAAUUAUGUAACACGAUAUACAAUGAAAAAUAAUCAUGGACCUAAUAUGAAGGGACUUAAUAUCAUAGGUUUUGAUUCCAGCAAAACAAUAAUUUAAAUAAAUAAAUAUUAAAUGGGCUUAAAUGAUGAUGAAUGACUCUCUCUUUUACAUACGGGUUAUAUAAUUUACCAUUCGUAGUAAAAUUCAUAAUCAAAAAUCUAUUUACGAAUGGUUUUAUGUAAUCCGUUAGUACAUAUAGAAGGACAUUAGAUAAUUUUAUGUAGUUAUUGAAAUCGUAGUCGUCCAAAUUUGAUAUGUUCUAAUGAAAUCAGACCACGUGGUCUAGCGAUUGGAUUUUAACAUCACCUGAACGAUCUUAAAAGUUUUUCUAUGGAGACGAUUCUGAAAUCUAAUUGAAUUAGAAAGACGAUUCUAAAAUUUUGAAUAGGGCCUUUUUAUUUUUAAUUUUUUUUUAAUGAAACAAUACUACUUUUUUAAUUUUUUUUUAUUUAAAUUAGUUUAGAUUGUAUUUGUUUAUUAAUCAUGAGUUUGGAUUUGAAACUCAUGAUUUGCGAGUUCGAUUCCUGGAUAGUAAAUGUUAGUUAUUUAAAAACCAUAAUUUCGAUUCAGUAAAAAUGAUACCCUAUUCAAAGUACUUCCACAGUAACUUCUAGCGAUGCCGAGGUCAAUGUUGAGUUUUUUUAUCGCGUGAUUUACAUAUUAGCGCUACGAAUAUUGUAAAAACUAAACAGAAAUUACAUACAAAACCGAUAUCGCUAUUCGAAGUUGCAUAAUACUGGCGCAGGUGGUGUUAAACUCUCGCUUUUACUGUCUUAGUAGAGAAUACAGUAUUUUUUUUUGGCUAGUGUAUUAAAACAAUAAAUCACCCACUGUCUGUACAUAAGACUACAUAUACCAAAACUUAUCGUAAUUGGCGGAGUAGAUUUUAAUUUACCUUGAAAUAUGGGUUCAGAUUAUGGGACUUUUAGACAAAAGGAAAUUUUUCUAAGUGUUUUUUCGUGUAUUUUUUUUUAAAUCAGGACUAUUGUUUAAGUCAGUGAUGGUUUAAAUAUUGUUUUUGAUAAUACUAUGGCCAAUUUUAAAGUGUAUUUUCUAAGACAGUAAACUAAAUAUAAGAAAGACUGAAGGAACUUAAAUAUAACACUGGAAAGCAUACACACACAAUAUACUUUCUUUGUAUGGCCUAAUUUAUUUUAGCUCACACACGGAAAGUUCACGAGAAAUAAAUGUACCUAAUUCUCACAUUUUCUGUAUACUUUUUUAUCUUCUUUCUAAUUAGUUGAUCAUAAUUUCUUGAACUUAAUUUUUAACUAUCUUCAACAUCUUUUGACACAGGAAAUUGAGUGUUCUUUCCAGUUUUAUAAAUGCUAAGAAAUAGCGGUAUUAAUUACUCAAAUUGAGAAAAAAUCUUAUAACGCAAGGAUUAUGGGUUUGCGCAUAGAAGCUUCGCUUAGUCUGUCAAUUGAUUUAGUAUAUCAUUAAUUCUACGUUACCACGACAAUAAAUUUCCGAGAAACUGCCAAAACGGCCUAAUUAGGGUUCAUCUUAAAUCCUAGAUCUACAGUUUGGGAGCCGAGCACAAAAACUUAGGUAAAAUUCGAUUAAUUAAAUACAUCGCCUUCUUUGGGUUUUUUUAUCAGUGUUGCUUCUAUAGCUAACUAAUGUUCUUUAAGACAAGUAUUGAGAAUAGUCAAUAAGUAUUAAUAAUUACGAUUUCAUAGGUUUUUGGGCUCAGGUCCGCGAUUUACCAUUCAAGUUUCAACUUUAAUCACAUAGUUAGUUUCUCUAUUGUAGGACUAACAGGGUAUGAAAUUUAGGUUAGAACAUAAUCGAACACAUUUUCAAGAUCACAGAAUCACAGAAAAUAUCUUAUUUAAUACAAUAUUUUAUGAUUUAUAGAAAUCGCAUUCAACAAUUGUUAUGGCAAUUUCAUUUGUAAUUUUAUUAAUAAUAGCCAAUUUAUUUUAAAUCCGAUACAUUGUUUUUAUUUAUUCAAAACAAUUUAAUAUAUUAAUUUAUUAUAUAUAUCAAUAAUAUCUUUAUCUAAACCAUACGCAAAUGAUUAUUUGUACUACUCGUUAUUUAGUUUUUGUCACGAAAUCGUUCUGUUGGGAUGGAAUAGGAUUUAACCAACUUGUAAAUACUACGUGAAAUUGUGUUGUCAAAAUGGCGAUACUAUGCCCUUUCAACUUUUUCUAUUCCGUGACUAAAACAUUCAACAUCAAAACCUUUAUAGAUAAAAAAUAAAAUUGCCUACACGGGUAAUACGUAUUUGUAUAUAGCGAGAACACGUCAAUAAAAUAUGUAUAUUAUUUGUGCGUUUAUGUCGAUAAUUAUGUAACUGCGCAUAUACUCGAGGCGAUAUAUUCUAGAAUUUACUAAUCCAUAAACCUAUAUAAAUGUAAAUAUGGACUCUACACAAACCAAUGAUGGUUAUCAUAAUUGUAUAUUGCGAUUUUAAUUUAUUAAAGCAGACAUCAGUUAAAAUUCCCGGCAAAUAAGUCAGUGUUUUCAUACUAGAGCGCGCUAUCACAUCGUGCCGAGUGAAGUGCCGGGAUGUACAUGUAUAUCUCUUGAAAUUAGUCACCAAGGGAUAUUUUGAAUUACAACAUUCCAAUAUUUAUUGCUUUUAAAUUUGGGGAGUCUAGAGUCCGCGUGUUUUAAUGUAUUUAGGAAAUGGUGCCUAUCGAUCUGUUAGAUGUAAUUAUCGUUAAUGCUAUGUAAAUGGCCGCAAUUAAUUUAUCUCUAUUGUAUAUGACAAUGGAUACAUGCAUAAUAAAGUGUUGUAAAUAAUUUUGUAAGAAAAGAAAUACAUUAUUAUCUUUA